GGAAAUGCCACACUGUAACGGCAAUGUCGUUGCCUCCCAUGUCUAGUGUCUCCCAUUUAUCAAUACGCCAUACGCCCUUUCCCUGACCCUCGGGACUCUCUCGUGUGUUUCACUCUACUUCUCGCUCACUCUUCCCGUUAUUAUAUGUUAGGAGCUCUAGUCCACUCCACUGGGCAUCCGUCACUGUACUAUUAUCAUCUCUUUACGUGAAGUGUCAGUCAGGGGAGGACCACAAGUGGCACUGGAAUUAUCACUCAAGAAUCAUCAGUUGGGCUUGCAACAUCUCACCAUGGACACACUCUUGCCUGAGCCCUCGCCGGCGUUACAAAUCAACGGCGCCAUAUCUCCGCCGCCCACUCCUUCUGUCAACAUCAAUAUCGACGCCACCGAGGGCAUUCUCCGCAGCGUUGAGGGCCACGAUAGCCACGACAAGGACGGCCCGACCGAAAGCAAGACCCUAAACGGCACUAAAGGGUCUCUAUAUAACCGGGCACCCGCCUCGCCGAGUCCAACCCCGAGCCCGAGUUCGAGCCCUACGCCACGGCCAGCCGCCACUUUCACAGAAGACGACGAGACUCAUGAGUAUGACCCUCCCCAGCGACAUCAAACUCAUCCUAUCCCGCCCUAUGGUAUCCACGAGAACGAAGUCGGUGGCCCCCAGACGCGUAGUAGGACUAAAAUCCGCAGCUAUACCGAUGACAAGGGUGACUUGUCUUUCCCUCGCCUGUCUAAGCCUGUCGAGCUCCUGCGCGGCUCCUACGAUGUUGUCGUUAUCGGCUCCGGCUACGGUGGCGGCGUUGCUGCAUCACGCAUGGCGCGGACAGGGCAAUCUGUGUGCGUACUCGAGCGAGGCCGCGAGAAGUGGCCCGGCGAGUAUCCCACAGGCACCGUGGACGCCACCAAGGAGCUCCACUUUUCGGGCACUCUUGCCCCUGGCAUCACCAACGGGAAGAUGGUCGAAGGUGGUGAUCCAACUGGAAUGUACCACAUGUUCUUUGGCAGAGGCCAGAAUGCUGUUGUGUGCAAUGGCCUUGGAGGCACCAGCCUUAUGAAUGCCAACGUCUUCAUGGAGGCCGACGAAAAGACGCUCUCUAUGAAAGCCUGGCCCCCGGAGAUAAGAAAUAAUGUCCAUGUCCUGAACAAGUACUAUAAGAAGGCCGAGAAAGUUCUCGAGCCUGAAACCUAUCCAGACGACUGGCCCAGCCUGCCAAAGUUGAACAUGCUCCAGAAACAAGCCGAGUCGCUGGGCUUCGGUGACAAGUUCCGCAAAGUCCGCCAGACAACGCGCUUCCGAAACGGGCCUAAUAGCUGCGGUGUCGAAAUGUCGCCGUCGGCGCUGACCGGACAGGACUGUACGGGCGUUAAUGACGGCUCCAAGACCACCACCCUUGUCACGUACCUGGCUGACGCCUGGAACUGGGGCGCCGAGAUGUUCUGUGAGUGUGAAGUGCGCUAUGUCGAGAAGGCCGAGGACGGGUAUCGAGUCUUUUUUGCAUGGCACGGUAGGAACCGGGGCUUCUUCAAGGCCAAUCUUCAUGGCGACCUUAUGUGGGUGCACGCCAAGAAGGCCGUGUUCCUCGGUGCCGGUGCCAUCGCGAGCACCGAGAUCUUACUAAGGAGCAAAGCCAUGGGAUUGGACAUGAGCAGCAUGGUUGGCCAGAAUAUGAGUGGUAACGGAGAUAUCCUAGCAUUUGGAUAUAACACGGACGAAAACGUGAACGCAAUCGGGAAACCCGUUCCUUCACCAUACAAACCGAUUGGCCCGACCAUUACAGGCGUGAUAGAUUGCAGGGACGGCCAUAACAAUCCCCUCGACGGUUAUGUCAUCGAAGAAGGUGCCGUUCCGCAUGCCCUGGCGCAUGUGCUGCAGGCGAUGCUAGACUUGAUGCCAGGAAGCACACCUCCCUCGGGCGAGACCACCAUUCAACGUACACAAGCUGCCCUGGCACGGUUUGGUAGUCGGUUUCUGGGCCCUUAUUUCAAAAAUGGGGCCGUUGAAAGGACUCAGGUCUAUCUCAUCAUGUCCCAUGACAGUAACCAAGCUGUUCUGACACUGCAAGAUGACAAGCCUGUGUUGGAAUUCCUCGGUGUUGCUCGAAGCCAUCACGUCAACUAUCUGAAUAAUAUUCUCAAACAGGCUACGGAGGCGGUCGGUGGCACCUUGGUUCAGAGUCCCUUCUACGCACUCAUGGGUCAGGAGGUGACUGUUCAUCCCAUUGGAGGUGCAUGCAUGGCCCGGGAUAACACCGGUGCGACCGGUGUUACUAACCAUGUCGGUGCCGUCUUCAUUGGGAACGGACCGGAGACGUACGACGGGCUUAUUGUCACAGAUGCUGCUGUGAUCCCCACUGCCCUGGGAGCUAACCCAUUUGCCACUAUCACAGCGCUGGCCGAACGCGCCGUGGAAGCGUAUGCUGACUCUAAAUACCUAACCAUUAGUGACGAGUCUAACGGCCUACUCGAUUUGUUUGGCGAACCGCAACAUGUCCCUAAGCCCGAUAACCCAACAGAGGAGAAAGAGAAAGAGUGGGCGCUAGAGGAACAGGACAGCCUCAGCGCCGCAAACGAGGUGAUUCGGUCGGCAGAUGGUGUCAAGGCGAGUGGGAUGGGCUUCACCGAGGUCAUGUCCGGAUUUGUUCACGCCAACAAGAAGCUAUAUGAAGACAACAAGGCGACAUACGAGCUUGCCUACCGCACCGCAAAAUCACUGUGUGAGGGCGCACGUUUCUUCUUAAGCGUUCAGGCCUUCAACACAAGAGACAUGAUCAAACAUGACCAGCACAGGGGCCUGCUGACUGGUACAUUUGUCUGCCCGGCGAUUCCUGGAUCGCCGUUCAUGGUGCAGAGAGGCGAGUUUAAUCUUUUCAUUCUCAGCCAUAAGGCACCCGGUACACGAAACUUGACAUACGACUUCGAUAUGACGGGCGUCAAUGGUAGGAAGCUCCAUUUCCAUGGCUACAAGGUUGUCGAUUCUUCGGUCGCGCUUGCUCCCGUGCAGUUCUGGAAAUCCACCAGCACCCUCUACGUAACUAUCAGCCAGUAUACUCCUGGCGCGUCCAAGGACCUAGACGACGAGGAUGCGUGGCGCCAGGGGGAAGUGGUGGCCAAGGGAAUUAUGAACAUCCAGCCAGCGGAUUUCUUCUCUGAAAUCAUGACAAUGUCCCCGACUGGCAGCAACAUCCUCAAGAAGAUGGCAAGCGCGGCCAGCUUCCUGACUUUCUUCACACGAAAGUCGCUCGCUCUUUUCCUGGCACCGCUCACGCCCCUGCAGUAUCCCACCCAGACGUACAGCGGCUUCGUCAACAAUACAUUGCCUGACCAGUCUAUCGCCAUAUACGCCUCGGACAAUGUGUGCACGCGCAUGCACGUGUGGGAGCCGACCAGCUAUCCGGACAACGACCUGACCAAAGUGCAGAAUCUCUUUAUGAUUCCUGGCGCCUCCGUUGACCACCAGAUCUAUGCGCUUCCAACCAUACCUUUCAACGCCGUGAACUACUUCACGCGCGCAGGUUACCGAGUUUUUGUGACGGUGCACCGUAUUGGGCAACUGAUGGUAGCCGAAAAUAUGUGGACCACGUAUGACGCGCGCCUGGACAUCAAGGCCUGUCUCGAGUACAUCCGCAAAGAUUAUGGCCCGGAAAAAGUGUAUACGAUCGCGCAUUGCAUGGGCAGCGUGGCAUUCAGCACCGGGCUUCUGGACGGCACGAUCCCGGCCAGCUGGAUCAAGGGAAUCACCUGCAGUCAGGUGUUCAUGAACCCCAUCUGGGGCGCAACCAACAUGGCCAAGGUCAUGGCCGGACCGAUACCCAUGGACAAGCUGUAUACCAUGCUGGCCGGUACAUGGUUCAGUUGCAGUACUAGCCGUGACGAUGGCCUCGUUCAGAAUGCCCUCAACCAGGUGUUGCGGCUCUACCCGCAGAGCCGCCGUGAGAUCUGCAACAACGCCGCCUGCCACCGUACCAGCCUUGUCUUUGGCCGCUGCUGGAACCACUCGAAUCUGAACGAGGCGACUCACCGGCAGAUUGACCGAUUCUUUGGUGGCGUCAACAUGCGGCUGCUCAAUCUGCUCAUGCGCCAGGGGUCACAAGGGCAUGUCAUGACCAACGGCCCGCUCUUCGAAGACCUCACCACCCCAGAGAACGUUGCCCGCCUAAAAGGCAUACCCAUAAUGCUGUUUGUCGGCCGUGACAAUGCUGUGCUCUCGCCCGAGGCUACCGAGCGCACUUACGAGAUCCUGUGCGAUACCUUUGGCGGCGCCGGCGAAGAAGGCGGCGACUACAAGCGCCGCGUCGUGCCGGGCUACGGUCACCUGGACCCGUGGAUGGGCCGCAACGCCUGGAAGGACAUUUACCCCUUCGUCCGCGAGGAGGUGGAUCGUGUCGUUCGCGGCGACAAGUACCGCUUCGAGGAACCCGACGACCGCUUCGCAAAGAUGGUGCACGGCGGGGAGUUGCUGUACUAGUCUUUUUUGUUCAGGUGUUCUCGUGGGUUGUAUUCCGCUGUUCGCUCGGGAAUUUCAUCAGGAGUUGGUUGUAGUUCUUUUUUGUUUAUCUCGUUCCGCCCCUUUCAUGUU